AUGAGUGAUGCCGACCGCUCCUUUUACAACUCGAUGAGGCCUAGUUGGGGACCUGACGGAACUCUGGUUUUCGCCUCUACCCGCUCGGCCCUUGAGGGCGCUGGGAGUAAAAACACGGCUGACAGCCUCAUGAUCACGAAGAACGUCAUCCAAGCUCAGGGUCGCGAGAUUCAAGUAGCCAAGUUUUCCAACGAGGCGUCCGCGAAAGCCCUUGAGAAUCAGAUCCAGAUGACGCGGAUAGAGCUUGCCGGAGGCGUUCCGGAGCCAUCGUUGCACCCUACGACGCUCAAGUCCAUUUUCCACGACCAGGACGCCAGCAACCCUGCUAACAUGCACGAAAAGCUAGUCUGGGAGCUUGCGAGUAUUCUCUUUGACGCAGCUGGAACCGCCAACGGAGCGUCUGAAGCUGGACCCCGCAAAAACACCCUUUCCCAGUUUUGGGCGACACUCGUCGACUCUGCGUCGUCGCGAUCCGUCGCUCUCGCGAGAUCAGGUGAAGAAAAGGCCAUUGCUGCCUUGUCUGGCCACCGAAUUCAAGACGCUUGCAAAUAUCUUCUCGACGGCAAAAACUUUCGGCUUGCUACCUUGGUAUCUCUGAUUGGCAGCAAUGAUCAAUCCAAGAAGGACAUGCGCGAGCAGCUUAACGAAUGGCAAGAAGCCAACUUCUUGUCUGAGUUUGCCGAUCCUAUCCGGGCAAUAUACGAACUUCUCAGCGGUAACUCUUGCGUUUGCGAGGGAAAGAAGGGCGUUCCCCUCGAAGACCGUAUGGAAUCUUUUGUUAUCUCUGAACGGUUCGGUCUGGACUGGAAACAGGCCUUUGGCCUACGUCUCUGGUACUCCAUCUCACGCGAGGACGAUCUUUCUGCCGCCGUUCGUGUUUUCCAAGAUGACGUUACCCAGGAUAGAGAGCAGCGGCCGCAAACAUGGUAUCUCGAGCAAGGCAUUCCAGCGCUUUGGCAAGAUCAAGACCAGGAUCAGCGCGAGGACCUCUUGUGGGGCCUUCUCAAACUCUACGCGGACGAGCAAACCGAUCUAGAGGCUGUGUUGCGUCCAGAAAACAGCCAGCUGUCGCCUUUCAACGUCCGUCUCAGCUGGCAGCUCAGCCGCGCCCUGCUCUCUACCAACAAGGUGUCUUAUGGUGCUGACGCAAUCGAAAAGGCCGACGCCUUGACAAUCUCUUUCGCCGAUCAGCUGAUCAACGAGGGAAGCUGGCUCGAGGCUACGUUUGUCUUGUUGCACCUGAGCCAGCCCGAAGUCAGGGCCAAGGCUGUGCAAGACAAUCUCUGUCGCCAUGCUGGUCUCUUGGGGCCCGAAAACGGUACAAGCUUUACAACCCUCACUCAAACCUUGAAGAUCCCGUCUGCAUGGAUCUGGGAGGCUCAGGCUCUCUACAUGAGGGCUGUCAAGAAGGAUGCUGCCGCUGAAGUGCAGUGCCUGCUCCGGGCAGGAUCAUACCCGGAGGCCCACGAGGUUUUCGUGCACAAGGUGGCACCAUCCGCCGUCAUCAGCCGCGACUAUGAUGAGCUGGCUUCUAUCCUGUCUCGCUUUGAAGGUCACGACGACGACAUCGCAGGCUGGACUCUUGGUGGCGAAGUUUACAAGGCGUUCCUGGAACUGGUGAACCGUCGCAGGCAGCGACAGCAAGCCCUCUCACCUGUUCUCGAAAAGUUGGUUGCGGGUUUGCCUGCCAUGCGUGAGAAUGCCGAAAGUGCCAACAUCACGAGCUUGGCAGCCAUUUUUGAGAUGGGGUCGACCGUAGCUAAGGUGAUGGUAGAAACUUCUAAGCAAGAGCAGGUCUUCCUCUCACGGAGGACGCUCACCUAA